CGAACCCUUAGUUCUGGUAGGCUUGGCUUAGAAGAGCGAAUUCUUUUUUGCCAGAGGUUAGAGAAACAGAGAGAGAGAAUGAGCUGCGGCAGCGAGUAGGCAAACAACACAGACGUCGAGAAAGGGGAAAAAAAAAAAAAAAAAACCCCGUGGACAGCCUACAAUUAUGAUAUACUGUACAAACUGACACUACAAAUCUAUCCAUGCAGAGAGAGGGUCAGCUAACUAACAACACAACAGUCAAGGAAACUUAAUGAAGAAACCUGUUCUGUGUUAUUCGAGGGGAAGAGAAGUGUGUAAGACUUGCACUGGUCUUCCGUAGUGAAUUAUCACAAUAGUUUUUUUUUUUUUUUUCUCUUUGUAGCUGGAAAUUGUGAAUAAUAUUUAGACUUUCUUUAAUGUGUAUUAUUAUUUCAAUUUUUUAAUUGCAACCGUGCAGAAGAAAUGCAUUAUCAUUUACCAUGCUUCAGUAAAGAAGAGUAAUACAACGUGUAUUGCGGAACAAGCACUGGGGUGAAAAAAGAACGCCAAGCAAGACGAAGAGAAUGGCUUCGAAGGAAAGAUUAUACGAACUCUGGAUGCUGUACUUCAACAAGAAGGACCUUAUCUACCUGCAGCAGUGGCUGGAGGCAUUUGUGACCUCAUUUGAGAAAAUCAUUGAUGUCAACUCCUUGGAUCCCAGGCGGCCGGAGGAGUGUGCCUCGGAGAUCCCCCUGCUCCCCCGAGACUUGCUGCAAGUCCUGAGCACCCGGCUUUCCCACAGCACCCAAUGCCUGAGCAGCGCGCAGGAGAAGGAGGAGGAGGAGAGUGGAGUGGGACAGGCCCUGCUGGUCAUCAAGUUCCUUAUCAUCAUCUGCAGAAAUCUUGAGAAUAUUGAAGCUAGCCAAACUCCAGGCUUCAUCUACGAGACAAUGAGACUUCUCUCUUUCUGCAUCACUGAGCUGAAGAGCGUUGCAGGGGAGCACGGCCCCCUGGAGUCGGUGGUCCUGUGUGGUAUCCACCUGUGUGAAUGUGUGUUCGACCCCUACCAGACCUGGAGGAGGCAGCUGACCGGGGAGGUUGUGAGCGUACAGGAGAGGAGCAAGUACAAGUUUUCACCCGUCUCGCUGCCAGAGGAGUUCACAGCAUUUUUCCACGAGAGCUUCAAGGACAGUGAGAAUCUGCCAGAGAUCCUGAGGGUGCGAUUGGUUCAUCUGUACGGUGCCAUCAUCAGCGGCUGCAAGAGGAAUGCCCUGCUGGUCAUCAUCCCCUCAUCAGUGGGUGACCUCAUGGGGGUCCUCAGUUCCUGCUGUUGCACAGGUAACCAGGCGAUGAAGGACCCCCGGCUGCUGCAGCUGACCCUGAAGUGCCUGACUGCCAUGAUCCACCUUCUGCACGCCAGCAACCCGGACCAGCGGCAAGUGGACAUCAGAACCGUGCUAGACAGCUACUUCCAAGUCCUCAACUCAGACCGCCUUGGCGCAGGGGCUGGGGCUGGGGCUGGGGCUGGGCAGGGGGAGGCGGAGGCAAGAGACUGGGAGGACCGGCUUAUCACCCUCCGCACCAGCAUGCUCAGUGCCAUCCCAGAGAUGUUAAACUGCGCUGAUCGUCCGGUCCUUCAGGCCAUAUUUCUGAAUAACAACUGUUUUGAGCACAUUCUGAGACUGAUACAGAACAGCAAGCUCUAUGUGAGCAGUAGGUGUAAGAUGGAGUGCAGUGGUGCAUGUGAUCUCACCUCACAGUUACUGACAGAAAUUGAUAUCAACCAGGUGUUUGAGAAAGGCCCCGACUCCAUCACUGUCCAUGCUCUCAAAGUGCUCACUGCCAUCAUGACCAGCUCUCCGUCCGCAAAGGAGGUUUUCAAGGAGAGGAUUGGCUACUCUCACCUGUAUGACGUGCUGCAGAGCCAGGGCCAGCCAACCAGGCGACUCCUCCAGGAGCUCAUGAAUAUGGCUGUGGAAGGAGACCACACACAGGUUCCGGCUGUGCGGAUCAACAAUGAGCAGCCUCUCCUCCUGCUGGUGCAGUGGAUCCCUGAGCUUACCUCCCGUGACCUGCAGGUGCUGCUCUCUGAUUGGCUGGGACAGGCUUGCGGGGGCACGCUGCGCGACCGCACCACUGCGGUGCAGGCAGGACUCGUGCGUGCUCUCCUGGACGUGCUCUCUGACCACCACCGCCUGGACAGGAAGUGUGCAGACCAGCUCAUCAGGCUGCUGCAGUCACUGGGAUCCCUUUCUUUACCCCCUGGGGAGCUCAAGCGCCUGCUUCUGCUGCUGAGGCCAGAUUCGGAGGCCCCAGGAGCCACGCACCCCUACUCCGACCGCAUGGUUCAGGCCCUGUCUGCCAUGGCUGGGCACGAGGGGGUGGACAGCGCCUUGCAGUACUUCGACCUGACACACUGCAUGGCCGGCAUCAUGGUCCCUGCUAUUCAUCGCUGGCCCGGCUAUGGCUUCUCCUUCCACGCCUGGCUCUGCCUCAAUAUGCAGCGUCCACACGGGCUGGCCCCACAGCGCAGACUGGGCAAAGUACCACGCAGGAAACAGCUCUACAGUUUCUUCACAGCGAGCGGGACUGGGAUCGAGGCUUUCUUCACAGCUGAGGGUAUGUUGGUGGUGGCGGUCUGCACCAAGAAAGACUACAUGACCGUCGCUUUGCCCGAUGUGUCCUUCAGUGACUCGGCCUGGCACUCGGUAGAUAUUGUGCACAUUGCCGGGCGUCGCCCCUUCGGUCAGAACCUGGUCAAUAUCUUUGUAGAUGGACUGCUGCGCAAGUCUGCUCAGCUCAGAGUCCCGUCCCUCAGUGAGGCCUUCACCUCCUGCUGUAUUGGCUCUGCCGGGCACCGAACCACCACAACAACAACAACCCCCACCCUGCCCUCCCCCCAGCACCCUCCAGACUCCACCUUCCCCAGCCACGCACCCACCUUGAGCCGCUCCCAGUCCUUCCCAGCCUCCUUCUCUGGACCCCGCUCCCAGGACUGCCUGGUCCACACCAUCCCUGCGGGGAACCAGGAUGCAGAGUGGGGGACUCCCACCUCCCUGGGGGGCAUGCUGGGCACUGCCUUCGUCUGCCACGAGGCCCUGCAGCCUGCCCAGGUCAAGGCUCUACACAACGCAGGACCCAACAGUGUGUCCCCCUUCAAGCCAGAUGGGGAGAUGUUGGACCUCAACAGCAAACUGCUGCUCUGCUACACUCCAAAGGCUUGUAAAAACCACAUCUGCCUCGACCUGUCUCCUCACCACCAGUACGAUGGCAGACUGACUGGGCACAAAGUGGUCAACUGGGAUGUCAAGGAUGUGAUAAACUGCGUGGGAGGGAUGGGUGUGCUACUGCCCAUGCUGGAACAGGUGGGCUGCAAGGUGGAGGAUUCUCAGACCCUGCAAGAAACCACAGACCUGGUGGGACCCGAGCUCACCUCCUCCCGCAACACCCCCAGCAUGCUGCUGCCGCUGGGCAAGUCAUCAGAGGGCAGGCUGGAGCGGAACAGCGUGGCCGCCUUCCUGCUGAUGGUGAAGAACUUCCUGCGACACCAUCCUGUCAAUCAGGAGAGCCUGGUGCAGUGUCAGGGGCCAGCCAUCAUGGGGGCGCUGUUGCAGAAGGUGCCAAGCCAGCUUAUAGACAUGAACGUGUUAAUGGCAUGCCAGUUCCUGAUAGAGCAGAUGUGCAGUGAGGGGAACAACGUCCUGCUGCACUACCUCUACCAACACCUGCUCUUUGACUUCCGCAUCUGGAGCCGUGGCGACUUCGCUGUCCGCCUAGGACACAUUCAGUAUGUAUCCUCCAUCAUCAAAGACAACAAGCAGAGGAUCCGCAAGAAAUACGGAGUGCAGUACAUCCUGGACUCCAUCAGGACGCACUAUGGGGGUGAGAAGGAUGGUGCGGUCCCAGCGGAUGGUGUGCGGACGGUGCAGACUUCUCUCUUCCAGUUGAUCCGAGAAUUCCUGUCGCGGGCUGUGGCUCCAGAGGAGUUGCAGAGCAUACUGUCGUAUGCAGCCGCUGUCCAGGACGAGCAGCAGGUGUGCGGAGUUCUGGAGGUGAUCCACGGUCUGCUGCGUGGAGGCCCCACGCGGGAGCAGCUCUUCGGACUGCUCUUCGACCCGGGCCACAUUGAGGUGCUAUACUCACUCCUCCUGCAGAAGAAAUACAGCGACGAGCUGAGGGAGAGGGUCUUCAAGAUACUGUAUAAGAUCUUGAAGUUUGAUAAGGUUCCCGAGAGGAGUAAGCACCGUGUGAAGCUGAAGGACAUUGGCUACCAGGGCCUGAUCAGCUACCUGAACGAGGUCCCAGUCUCCAUGUCUCUCAUUCGCUGUCUCUCAGAGCAGGUCCUCGUCGCAGAUGUGAACCCCAACUACCGGGAUCUGAUCGCUGUGGUGUACCUGUCUCACAGAGCGGACCUCACUGUCAGGCUGGAUGUCUGUCGCAAGCUUUUCCACCUCAUCUACUCAAACCUGGACAGUGUGCGUCAGCUGGCACGGCAGGCUGGCUGGCAGGACACUCUGACCAUGCUGUAUGUGAAGGAGUCGUACAAGUCUCGGGCAUCCAGCUUCUCCAGCUCCAUAAACAGCGACACACUGGACCUGCGGCGACAGGACUCUUCCAUGCUGGAGAACCCUCGGGAGGCAGAGGCAAAGGGAAUUGGAACGGGGGGAGAGCUGCCCGACGUCUUCCUGCCCUUCGGCUAUGAGUCCCCCGACGUGGAUGUCUCUGAGGGCUUCUCGGCCCUCUCUCUGUCCCCAGGCAACAGAAGUUGCCCCCAGAGGAUGAAGAUAAAGUCCUGCGGGAACUCCUUCGACUUCCAGGACGUGACCAGCCACUCCUCCUCCAACACCAUUGACAUCCCUGGGGCCCAGGAGGAGGAGUUGCUGUACUUCCCGUUCUCUCCCUUUGGGUCCUCCCCAUUUGAGCUGGGCCUGGAGCUGGCCAGCACAGGCUCGCUGGCCACUGCAGAGAGCGGCAACCACACCCCAGUCAGCCAGGCUGACACCCCCUCCCCCCUGGAGGCCUUCAAACCCUUCCCUGGCAUGAGGGUACGCAAGAGCUCCAGUCUGUCCAACGUGCUGGAUGAAAGCAGCUUCCAGGAACCCCAGCCUGGGGACAACACCUCCAACACCAGCAACCCCCAGCAAACCCCGGAGGAGGAGCUAUGUAACCUGCUCACUAACAUCGUGUUCUCUGUGACAUGGCGUGGGGUGGAAGGCAGCGACGACGCUGUCUGGAAGGAGCGUGGGCAGGUCUUUUCCGUCCUCACCAAGCUGGGCUCGUCUUGCGAGCUCGUCCGGCCACCCGACGACAUCAAGCGCAGCUUGUUGGAGAUGAUGCUGGAGUCUGCCUUUUCAGACAUCAAGGACUCCACAGGGGCCACGCUGCCUGGCCACAUCCAGAACGUGAUCAAGCUGCUCCGCCUUCUGCAGGACUUCCUCUUCGCUGAGGGCCACACCAACCAGGCGCUCUGGAGUGAGAAGAUUUUCGAAGGUGUGGUAAAUCUGCUGGACAAGCUGCAGGCCUGGUACUACCCUGUGAAUGGAGCCACAGACAUGAGGGAUAUUCCCCAGAUCGGCCUGCGCAUCAUCACUGGCUACAUCCAGCAGCAGAAAACACAGGUGUGUGCGAUGGCCUGUGUGAAGCUGCACAGUCUCUUGCAGACAGUGAUGUCUCUGCAGACGGAGGAGGUCUGCUUCCUACUGGGGAGGCUGGGCGGGCCGCUCUCUCACUCGCUGGCAGCUGGACAUGCAGAUUCCUUCACUUACCUGGUUCCCAUAAUGAGAACCCUGCUGGACCAGCACUACGAGGUGCUGCAGCUGCAGCACCUCCUGCCCAACAUGCCCCCCACCAAUGGCAGCGCCACCCUGUUUGAGGACCUGCAGAACUACUGCAGCACCGUCGAGUGGCAGACAUUCAUCGAGAAGCAUAUCCAGCCUGUCAUGGCUCAGUAUGAAGACGAUACGUUUGGAAAGAGCCACGACCUGAUGUCUAACUUCUGGAACUCUUGUUUUGAUGCGCUGAUGAGCAGCUCUCUGCGGAGAGAGAAGGAGAAGGCCAAUAGCAGGACCAAGUUCCAGGAGUUGAUUGUGGAGCCCUACCUGAAAAGGAUGCGCUCUGAGAACCUGCGCUAUGCAAAUAUGCUGAAGCAGAUCAACAACCACCACAGUGCUGUGCUGCGACAGUGGAGAUCCCUGAGGAGACUGCUGACCUGCCAGAGAGGGGCCUGGGCAGAGAGGAAGGAGGUGGAGGUGAGGUGGAAGCUGUCGAGCGCAGAGACCUACUCCAAAAUGAGGCUGAAGCUGGUCCCCAAUUACAGCUUUGAUUCUCACUCUGUGGCCAGCGCUCUGCGGGACAACAUGGGUGCAGACCACCUGCACAGCCCCACGGAGUCCAUCCCACUGGCCGUGGCCAAGGAGGCUAAGGUUAGUGAAAUGGAGGACGACCAACUGGGAGAUGAGGACCUGGUCUUUCUGGACAAUCAGGUGGAUGAGGAGGAGCAGAAUCAGAAAGAGAAGCUGGUGAUCUCAGAGGACUGUGAGCUCAUCACCAUCAUUGCCGUGAUACAGGGCCGCCUGGAGGUCACCACACAGCACAUCUAUUUCUACGAUGGCAGUACGGAGAAGGAGGAGACUGAGGAAGGAAUCGGGUUAGAUUUCAAGCGGCCUCUAUCCCAGCUGAGGGAGGUGCACCUGCGGCGCUACAACCUGCGCAGGUCAGCCCUGGAGCUGUUCUUCAUCGACCAGGCACACUACUUCAUCAACUUCAAGAAGAAGGUUCGAAACAAAGUGUACUCUCGGAUCCUGGGUCUCCGCCCUCCCAAUCUCUUCUACUUUGGGUCUCGCUCGCCUCAGGAGCUGCUCAAGGCAUCUGGGCUCACACAGAAAUGGGUGUUCAGGGAGAUCUCCAACUUUGAGUACCUGAUGCAGCUAAACACCAUCGCUGGCAGGACCUACAAUGACCUCUCCCAGUACCCUGUGUUCCCGUGGAUCCUGUGUGACUACAGCUCCGAUACUCUCGAUCUAGACAACCCUGACAUCUUCCGCGACCUCUCUAAACCCAUCGGAGUGGUCAACAGCCGGCACGCCAAGGACGUGAAGGAAAAGUACGAGAGUUUUGAGGACUCCACAGGCACCAUUGAUAAAUUCCACUAUGGCACACACUACUCCAACGCAGCGGGAGUCAUGCACUAUAUGAUCCGGAGUGAGCCCUUCACCACCCUGCACAUCCAGCUGCAGAGCGGCAGGUUUGACUGUGCAGACAGGCAGUUCCACUCAGUGCACGCAGCCUGGCAGGCACGCAUGGAGAACCCCGUGGAUGUGAAGGAGUUAAUCCCAGAGUUCUUCUACUUCCCAGAGUUCCUGGAGAACAUGAACGGGUUCGACCUUGGCUCCCUGCAGGUGUCUUUGGAUAAAGUGCAUGACGUUGUUCUACCAAAGUGGGCUGAAUCCAGGGAGGACUUCAUCCGGAAGCACAGGAAAGCACUGGAGUGUGAGCAUGUGUCUGCCCACCUGCAUGAAUGGAUUGAUCUGAUCUUUGGCUACAAGCAAAGGGGACCUGCUGCAGUGGAAGCACUCAACGUCUUCUACUACUGCACCUACGAGGGUGCUGUGGACCUGGAUGCCAUUGCAGAUGAAACGGAGAGGAAGGCUCUGGAGGGGAUCAUCAGCAACUUUGGACAGACUCCCUGCCAGCUGCUGAGGGAGCCCCAUCCUCCCCGGCUGUCUGCGGAGAACGCUAUGCGGCGACUGGCUCGCUUUGAGAACAACCCCCUCAACCUCCUGGACCACUUGUCUCAGCUCAAGGCCUUCGUAGAGAGUAUCAGUGAUAACGUUUCCCUGGUGCAAGCUGUAGUUCCCAAAAACCAGGCCCGCUCUUUCAUCACCCAGGGCUAUCCGGACCUGCUGGUUACAGUCAGUGCCAAUGGAUUGCUGGGAACUCACAGCUGGCUGCCAUACGAUAAAAACAUUGCAAACUACUUCAGCUUCAGCAAGGACCCUACUGUCUCCAACCCGAAGACCCAGCGUUUCCUGUCGGGACCCCUGUCCCCUGAUGUGGAGCUCACCUCAAAGAUCCUGGUGGUGUCUCACGAUGGGAAGCUGCUAUUCAGUGGGGGGCACUGGGACAACAGCUUGCGGGUAACUGCACUGGCCAAGGGGAAGGUGGUCGGGCAGCUCUGCAGGCACAUUGACAUCGUGACGUGCCUGGCGCUGGACCUGUGUGGAAUCUACCUCAUCUCUGGCUCACGGGACACCACCUGCAUGGUGUGGCAGGUCCAACAGCAGGGUGGGUUUUCCUGUGGUCUGGCUCCAAAGCCAGUUCAGGUCCUCUAUGGACACAACGAUGAGGUCACCUGUGUGGCCAUCAGCACCGAGCUGGACAUGGCGGUCUCGGGGUCAAAGGACGGCUCAUUGAUCGUGCACAGUGUGCGGAGGGGGCAGUUCAUGCGGACCUUGCAGCCAGCCUGUGAGCGCUCUCUCCCGGUCACUAUCUCCGACCUGGUCGUGGGGUUGGAGGGCCAUAUCGUCACACAGACCAUCCUGCAGGGGAGGAGCACGGUCAAGGAUAAGUUCUCCCUGCACUUGUACUCUAUUAACGGGAAGCUGCUUGCGUCGGUGGUUCUGGAGCAGCAGGUGUCGGCGAUGUGCCUGUCUCAGGAGCACGUCAUCCUGGGUACGGUGCAGGGCUCCCUGUGCAUCCGAGACCUAUACAGUCUGAAGUUGGUGAUGAGCCCUUUGGCGCUGAAGGUCUCGGUCCACAGUGUAUCCAUAACCAAAGAGAACAGCCACAUCCUGGUGGGACUGGGAGACGGCAAGCUUAUUGUGGUGGGAGCCGGGCAACCCUCUGAGGUGAAGACGGGCCAGUUCACUCGGAAGCUGUGGGGCUCGAAGCGGCGCAUCACUCGGAUCUCCUCGGGGGAGACGGAGUACAACCCCACAGAGUCUGCUGAGAAAUAGAGCUGCAGCCACAAGGCACCAGACAGGAGGCUGGGGAGAAAUCCUAGUGUGAAGGGGGGCUGAGAGACCCGGGACCAAAAACAAAGCACUUGUCAGAUUAAAAUGGAAUGGAGGCUCCCGUGCAAAGACUCCACCGCCACAGCCAGACGAGUGAACAAGCCUGAGUUGGGGGAGAACCUGACUCCUGCUCUCUCACCGCCUGCUUACCACAGAGUGGUUUCUGGAGUAGUUUCCAGGAAAAAAAAGGAAGGUGUUUCUUUAUUUAUUUUAAAUGUUUUUAUAUUCUUUUUCAAAAACGUCACAUUCCCAUUGCAUUGAAAGUUCACUGUUUUUAUCACAAAGACAAGACCUUCUGUAUUUUUAUUUAUGCAUGUAUAUACAAAAAUAAUAUGUACAUACAUACUGUACUGUGUAUGUGAUGUGACCACACAGGGAAUGUGUACUCCUACAUAUGUUGCCCCUAAAAAGCUUUGAAUCUGUGUUCAAGACGUACAAACACAAAUAGAUCAAGUGAACAUGGAGGGCAGAAAAACUAAACAAGCUUUGUAUUCAGGGAGGAAACCAGAUCACACAUGAUCAGAUUCACUCUGCUCUGUACAAGCUCCACAGUUCCCACUAUACUGUACGAAUACGUGUCUGUGUGUAGAAAUGAUUGCAUUCAGUAUCAGGCACACAUACGAGUUAUAAACAUAUUGUGUGUGUGUGUGUGUGUGUGUGUGUAUAUAUAUAUAUAUGCAAAAUAAUAAUAAUGUUAAGUGUGUAAAAGAUGCUGUACACUAGGAGAAUGGUAAGGAAUAGCCAAACCUCAUUUACCAUACACUGUGCACCUGUUGUGUUGCUUGAGCUCACACGCUUAAUCCAGGGUUAGGAGCUUUGUAUGUUCAGUCACUUCAGAAGAACUGGUGCGUGGUGUUGGGAGACCUGGGGUGUAUGCACUGGGGGAAACCUGGUGAGUUCUGGUUUUGAUAUAUGGUGAAGUGUGAAUGGCAGUCAAAGCUGCAGACAAAUGAUUAAGUUUGUAUAGAUGCAGAAUCUAUAUUUCUGGAAUACUAGAAGUGGCCUAAAUUAGUCAGUUAGUCAUGGUUGGGCAGUUAACCCCAGCUCAGCCUCUCCUUGCCAACUGCUGUUUAACAUAAUCGCUGUCUUCUGCUAUUUCGAUAUUGAAUAAUGUGCCUUGCUCACACAGGAAUUCUUGUUCCACAGCGCCCCCUGUGGCCGGUAGUGUUUCCAACAUGGGGUCAGAGACAACAGCACUUGUAUUUGCUGUUGUUCCACAUUGCAGCUGUAGGGGUUGCUGUUGGCAUAGUACAGAUGGCACCCUAGUGGUGUGAUGAGGAAAGAGCACCCAACACACUCAAGAGUACUAGUUUAAAAAUGAGUACAUGAAUUUUGUAGAGACGCAUCAACGCUUUAACAAAGGUAUUUGAAACUACUGAUUAUACUAUAUUGCCAAAAUACUACUGAUUUUGUUUUCUUUAAAGAUUAUUUUGCAAUUUUGAUAGCACGUUAACUAAAUGCAGAACACUGCUAUUGUCAGUAAGGUCAGAGAAACAGUGCUAGGAAACAGUGCCAGAUGGAGAAUGAUAGUGUCUUUGUCUGUGUGUUAGUGUAUUGUUCCUGCCUCAUCUUGGUACUCAAACUGCAAAGAACUCUUUGUAAUAGCAAGCCAUAUGAAACAGGGUUGUAAAAUGUAUUCAGGCACUGAAUUGACUUUCAUGCCACAGUAUUGACACUUGUGGUGCUUGUGGUUGUGUGUGUGUGUAUAUCUCUAUUUUUAAACUACUGUAACACUGUGGGGAGGGAGGAGGGGAGGGGAGGGGAAGAGGGGGGAUGUUUGUGCAAUAAUAAUAAUAAUAAAAAUAAAUCAAUAUGUUGAGAUGGGAUUUUUACAUCUCUUACUGUAAAAACUAUUUUGUAAGGACUUACUGCACAGGUGGGAAUUUGAUGAAUACAUGAAUGUGUUCUGCCUGUUUCUGUAUAUUGUUUAUAUAUACAUAUAUACACCUUGAUGUUUUUUUAUAUUUUUAUUUUCUCACAAUGUACUUGAGCACUGCAAGUUUUAAUGCAGUAGCAACUGGGUAAAUGUGGAGCUGUUUUCUGUUUUUUUGUUUUUUUAUAUAUAUUGUUAGCUGAUUCCUCUGUGAUUUUUGUUUUUCACUUGGUUUCUUUGUUCUGAGGUGCUUUUCCUGGUUUAAAUGAUUUGCUGAACUCUUAUCGGGAAGGAAAACUAUGUGACUCAGCUGUGUGUGUCUCCAGGAUGCUAAUGCUCUCUGUAUACAUUUGUAAAAAAAACAAACAAAACAAAAAAAACCCUGCAGAGCGCAAUCAUUUAAAGGAUGCCUUAAACACAGACCUUACCUUGAACGAUAUCGCUGCCUUUGUUUAAUUACUGUGGUGAUGUUUGUGAUUGUUUCUUUAGAAUGAACAGGAAAAAAUAAAUAAAAGAUGGUUCUAUUAAA